UAAAUAGAUAUUUUGUGUACAUAAUAUUAUAUUUUUCAAAAAAUGCCAACUAAAUAAAAUUUCCAGUAUGACGGAAAAGCCAGAAGUUCACUUUGAAGAGGCGGAGCAGCAAAAAGGUGUUAUUUUGACAUCAACUGCCGCCGCAUGCCUACUCUCGAUAUGGAUUCUACGAGAUGUUCCACUUUUAAUGACCUUGAUCGUCAUACUGUGUAUAUUUUUGAUGACUGGAGAUAGAUAUCAAUGGGUGUACAUUUGGAAAAAAACUUUCUGGAGGGACAUGACAGGCCUCCGCGUGCUAUUAAUCACAAUGUUUACUAUAUGGAUGUGGGAUAGGACGGGGACUACAGUUGUCAGCAGAUGGGAAAAGGUGUGGAAAAAAGAACCCAAUAAAAGAGCAUUUGUCAUGGGAGAUAGAGCAAUUACAUUCCGUGAGGGUAAUGAAUUCAGUAAUCGUAUAGCUCGAUAUUUUAAACGACAAGGCUUUAAAACUGGCGAAGUUAUUGCUUUAUUCAUGGAGACUCAGCCAGAGUAUGUCUUCAUUUGGCUUGGACUGGCCAAGUUACGAGUAACCACUGCACUUGUGAGUAGUAACCUUCGGGGUGCCCAACUGAUACAUUGUUUGAGGAUAGCAGGUUGCAAAGCAGUAGUGUUUGGAGACGAGAUGACGGACGUUAUUAAAUCUAUCCAGAACGAGAUACCGGACAUUCCACUUUUCCAAUUCAAUUCACCGGAGAGAGAAUCAGUUGCAAUCCUGCAAGAUACGAUACCUUUGGCUACAGAACUAGAUGAAAUUUCUAGCGAACAAUUCACCGAUGUUGAACCGGCUAGCACAAGGGAUACUUUAUUGUAUAUUUACACUAGUGGAACUACUGGGUUUCCAAAGGCAGCUAUUAUUACAAAUAUAAGGUACCUUCUGAUACCGCUUGGAGUCCAUACCUCAGGUAGACUUACGUCAUCGGACAUAUUGUAUGAUCCAUUGCCGCUACAUCAUACAGCUGGUGGAGUGUUGGGUGCUGGGCAGUGUCUUAUCCUUGGUCUUACAGUGGUACUGAGGAAAAAAUUUUCCGCUACCAACUAUUGGAAUGAUAUAGUGAAGCAUGGAUGUACGGCAACUCAAUACAUAGGUGAAAUUUGCCGUUAUCUACUUACGGUGCCUCCUGGUCCAAACGACAAAGCGCAUAAAGUAAGGAUCAUUAUUGGUAAUGGUUUGAGGCCUCAAAUUUGGAAGGAGUUCAUAGAGCGUUUUAAUAUAAAGAGAGUUCUGGAAUUCUAUGGAGCCACAGAGGGGAACAGUAACUUGGUAAAUUUGGAUAACAAGGUUGGCGCCAUUGGUUUCCUAAGUCGGCUAGUGGCUUCAAUAUAUCCUUUAUGUUUGGUGAAAUGUGAUGAAAUAAGCGGUGAAAUUCUAAGGGAUGGGAAUGGAAGAUGUAUCAAUUGUGGUCCUUAUGAACCGGGACUUCUGCUGGGUAAGAUCGAUCCCAAAAAGGCCAUUCUGACAUUUGCCGGCUACGCAGACAAAACCGCCUCUGAGAAGAAAAUGGUACGAAACGUGAGAGUGAAUGGCGACUGCUACUUUAACACUGGAGAUAUUCUUGUAAUGGAUCAUUACGGAUACUUCUACUUCAGGGACAGAACCGGAGAUACUUAUCGAUGGCGAGGUGAGAACGUAUCUACCGCAGAGGUGGAAGGGGUGAUCAGCAGUUUGGCCGGACUUAAUGACACAAUUGUGUACGGUGUCGCCAUCCCGAACGUAGAAGGCAAAGCUGGAAUGGCAGCCAUUGCUGACCCUGAAAAGAAAUUAGACCUGGAAGCUUUGGCGAAAGGCUUAAAAGCCUCCCUGGCAGCGUACGCCAGGCCUUUAUUUAUAAGACUCCUCUCAGAAACUCCCAUUACAGCGACGUUUAAGCUAAAGAAAAGGGAGCUGAUGGAACAGGGAUUCGACGUGAACGCCCAUAAUGAUACAAUGUUCUUUUUGGAUCAGAAAACGGGUUCUUAUGUGCCAUUAACCAAGCAGCUUUAUGAUGAUCUCAUUAAUGGGAUCGUUAAGUUGUAAACAUCAUGUAGUCUGUGAUUAAUGAUAAGUAGGUAUAUUUAUUGUUUUAGGAUAAGAGACAUUGGUGCCGAUUUUUUUGUACACAUUUCGCAAAGUUUAACUACAGCUUACUGUUUAAUAGAAUUAGAAGAGCUUUUUGUGCUUACUUCUGCGCUCAAGCAGCAUUGCUGUGUUCAGGCCUGAAGGGUGUUUGCGACACUUUGUAGGACGUUUUCUUUGGGAAAUGUUGCUCUAGUUUUAAUCGAUGAUUUUCAACUUACCAUCAUGUCCGUUUGCGCUGUUGGACAAUUCUUAUUACUGUAAAAAUAUUUUUUUAAAAAGCUUUCAUUUUAAAUGUUCUGACAUCAUUUUUAUUGUGGUCUUUGUGGUAGAGGAGAGCGCGAUUUGUGUACGAGAUAAUUGGCACCGUCAUUUUCAUGUAAUCUUUAAAAAGUUUGCGUCGUACGAAGGAACGCAUUGUCGUCGUAUUAAAGCCGGCAACGCAUCGGUGGAUCCUCUGAUGCUGCAGAUGUUUAUGGGCGGCGGUGAUCACUUAACAUCAAGU